AUGGCUUUUAAUAAGAUUUGCCUGAUACGACAGCUCAGCGAAGCCAGAAUUGGUCACGAAUGGGAACGCUUUCAAAAACUUUGUUUGUUAAGAAUAGCAUCAGUUAUAAUAAGAUUACUAUCGAUGUCAUAUAAUCCAAAAGUUUGCUUCUCUGGCGAAACGAAAGCGCAAGACUUGGCACAAAUUAUCUUGAAGAAUUAUUCGCGACAGACUGCUUCAAAUUUGCUACUUUUUUUCUUAUAUAGAAAUGCUCUGCCUGAUCCAUCACCUGUCAAAGUGUUAGUAGAAAUAACGAUUCAAGAUGUGUCCGAAAUAUCCGCUGUAACCGGAACUUUUAUCACUGAUUUUUUCGUUAGUGCCAUUUGGAUGGAUAGAAGAUUGCGUUUUGAUUAUAUCGAUCCAUGCAGGAAAAAUUUAUCAUUAGAUCAUGAUAUAGAGCCUAGAUUAUGGUCGCCCAAUGUAUGCAUCGUUAAUUCAAAAUACACAGAGGUACACAACUCGCCAAAACCAAACAUUCUCCUUAUGAUAUUUCCUAAUGGUACCGUAUGGCUGAAUUAUAGAAUAAGAGUUAAAGCACCUUGUGACAUGAAUGCAAAAAAUUUUCCUUUGGAUACAAUUAAAUGUCAUAUUAUCCUCGAGAGUUAUUCGUAUAACACUGCUGAAGCCACAUUAGAUUGGUUACGGUGGUCACCUGUAAGUAUGGUUAAGGAUAAUUUCAAUCUUCCAGAUUUCAAAAUGUCAAAUAUAACUUUUGGGAAAGCACAAAAGAUGUAUACAGCUGGUAUGUGGAGUCGUCUUAACGUUGUGAUCCAAUUCGAACGUCAAUAUGGCUUUUAUAUAGUACAAAUGUACAUGCCAACUUACAUCAGCGUCCUUAUUUCUUGGAUCAUUUUUUGGAUAGAUACGAAAGCUUUACCAGCCAGGAUAACACUCGGUGUCAGUUCACUUAUGGCUCUUACAUUCCAAUUUGGAAGUAUUGCACGCUCAUUGCCAAAGAUUUAUCUUUUUAUCAUUAGUUGA